AUGUCUCGAGCGUCGAAAUUGACAUUGGCAGCCACAGGUCUGGGCACUGCAGGCAUCAUCUACUUUGUUCACUGGACUCAAGAGAAUGACCGAAAGGCCAUGCACAAGGGUGUUGAACGCGACAUGGAAAAGCAGCGAAUCCGUCAAGAGCGACAGGCCGAGUUCGAGCUGCAAAAACGCCUCGAGGAGGAAUACCUCAAACUUCAGACUGUGCACAGUUUCCUACCCUAUCAGACUGCUCCAACCCAACUUCCACAUGCAUUCAAGCCUCUUGAGUCACUUGUUGAGCGUCUUCCUGUCGUUAAGCUUGACGGAAAACCAGGUCUUUUGGCCACCUACGAACUGGGUCCUGUCACUGAGACGGAACUUCCGGACUUGACUGACGAGGUUGAGAAGCUCAAGCUGCCAAAUGGCGACUGGGAUAAAUUCAAUAUCGCUGCCGUCUUUCGUGAUUAUACCUUCCUGGCGUCUUCUUACCUCCUUGAGCCUUGCUGGGAGAACUGGUGCAAGAACCCUGACCAAGGAUAUGGUCUUGGUCGGGAGGUCUUGCCCAAGAGUGUUGCUCGCCCAAUGUAUCGCUGUGCACAGAUCUUGGACCUACCUCCCUUUAUGUCCUAUGCCGCCUCUUAUGCUCUGUUUAACUACACUCUGGCCGAUCACUCCAAAGGCUUAAGUGAAUACUCAAAUCUCCGCCUUGUGCGCGCUUUCGAGCGAGGCUUGGAUCCAAAGAGCUCCGAGGCUGGCUUCAUCUUGACUCAUGUCGAUAUGGUCAAGGAGACUGGUUCGCUCAUCGCAGGUGCUCUCAAGGUCAUUGAUACUCUUGAGCAGCACGGAAAUCGCGCAGAUAUCAAUGAUGGGUAUCGUGAAAUCCUCAAAGCUAUGGAAAAGAUCGAGGCUUCCAUGGAAGACAUGUGGGCGAAUUCCAAACCGGCCGAGUAUCUGUCCUUCCGGGUUUUCAUCUUUGGCAUCACCAAUCAAUCAAUGUUCCCCAACGGUGUAAUCUACGAUGGAGUCGAGGAUAACCAGCCUCUUUCUUUCCGAGGCGAGAGCGGAGCUAAUGAUAGCAUCAUUCCUCUCUUGGAUCAUCUUUGCCAGAUUCCCAUGCCAUCGACUCCCCUCACGAAAAUCCUACACGAGUUCCGCGCAUACCGCCCUCUUCCUCACCGCGAGUUCCUCACGUAUGUUCGCGAAAAGGCCGAGGAGAUUGGCGUACAGCAAUACUCCGUCCAAGAUUCUGAGACGGCUGUCCUGUUUCUCAGGGUGCUCAACCACGUGCGAAGCUUCCGCUGGCGGCACUGGCUGUUCGCUCGUGAGUACAUUAUUCGGCGCACACCUCAUCCUACGGCAACUGGAGGUAGCCCUAUCGUCACGUGGCUUCCCAACCAGCUAUCUGCGGUCAUGGAAUUGAUGAUCUCGAUCUACGAGACUUAUCUUGCACCAAAGGAAGGCGUUGCAAUUGUCAAUGGAGAAGGGGAUUUGAUUGCUUCUCACCGUAAGCAGGUUGAGCCCAUGAUGGAGCUUGUGCGCGAUCAAAAGGAAAAGUUGGCCAAGGAGGUGGAAAAGUGGUGUAAGGAGCGUGGUGUCUAG